GCAACUUCCGAAGCGACAGCAACUGUUGGUGGCAACUUUUAGCUUUCACUUGAGAGUGGGACUGGGAACAUGGACAGAAUAAAUGUGCCCCCCGCGGGCCCCAUGGACCUGCCGCUGUCCCUGCUGGAGAUGGGAUGCUCCGGCCGGUUUGAGCUCAUCACACACCCUGUACCUGACCAGCCUUUAGCUCCACAGAGCACGCUCCCUCACGGGCUUCCUCCCACCAGCCUGAGCCUGGAGACAGAAGUAGAGAAACAGUUUUUACGGGACGCUGCCUGGCUUCCUAUUCAUGACACUGACUUUGCCUUCCAGAAGUUUCUCAAGGUGACCCAGAGAGAAGUGAAUGUCAACUCUCUGAUCCACUGCUCUCCGUCUGCUCUUCACUCGGGUGUCUCUGUCGUCAGAGAUCCAACCACAGGGAUGCUGCUGGACUUCACAGAGGUCUUACUGGAGAACACUAGCCUGUCAGCAAAGAACUCACUUUCAUUCCAACGCCAACCUGGUCCUCCUGCAGAGAGCCUGCGAGGAAGCAACACUAAUUACCCCUUCCUCCCCGGAGGAAUGGACGAGCUUACUCUGGAGCAAAUCAAGAAGACAUCUGAACUGGAGGAGGAAAUAGAUUUUGAGAAUGAUUUACUCAAAGUUCCACCUGGACUUAAAGCAGGGAUGGAUUUCACUGACAAAGAAGCCAAGAUUGCAAAGGCAGAGGUCAACCUCAUGUCCCUGCUGUCCACAUUGGAUAUAACUGACCUGCAGCCUGAGGCAGAGGAGAAAGAGGAAAGCAAAGGAAGUGAGGAAGCUCCAAAACUUCCCAGAACAAACAGCCUGGAAGACCUGGGAGUCAAGGAUGUUGUGUCAUCCUCGGCUCCCUCAGAGAAAGGGAACGAUGACAAAUCAAAGCCAAAAGAGAACCCAGAGGAAAAUAAGAAAUGGGCCAUCCCUGUCAACAUAAGUGCACCCUGCGAUGAUUUCUAUAAACGCAUCCCCAACCCAGCUUUCAAGUGGCCGUUUGAGCUGGACGUCUUCCAGAAACAAGCUGUUCUGCUGCUGGAGGCUCACGACUCCGUGUUUGUAGCUGCACACACGUCAGCUGGCAAAACAGUGGUGGCCGAAUACGCCAUCGCUCUCUCACAGAAACACAUGACAAGGACCAUCUACACCUCUCCAAUCAAAGCCUUGUCCAAUCAGAAGUUCAGAGACUUUAAGCAAACGUUCGGAGAUGUUGGACUGCUGACGGGCGACGUCCAGAUCAGUCCUGAAUCUUCAUGUCUCAUCAUGACUACUGAGAUCCUCCGGUCCAUGCUUUACAACGGCUCAGAGGUCAUCAGAGACUUGGAGUGGGUGAUCUUUGACGAGGUUCACUACAUCAACGAUGCCGAGAGAGGGGUUGUGUGGGAGGAGGUUUUGAUUAUGCUUCCUGAUCACGUCAGCAUCAUCCUCCUCAGCGCCACAGUGCCCAACGCUCUGGAGUUUAGCGAGUGGAUCGGACGUAUAAAAAAGAAGCAUAUUUAUGUGAUCAGCACAAUGAAGAGACCUGUGCCUUUGGAGCAUUAUCUGUACACUGGAAACAGCACCAAGACUCAGAAAGAGAUGUUCCUGCUGGUGGAUCCUACCGGAAACUUCCUCACUAAAGGGUAUUACGCAGCUAUCGAUGCCAAGAAGGAGCGCACCAGCAAACAUGCCCAAUCUUUUGGUGCAAAAGGUACUUCCCACAACACUUCGGCUAGUCAGGACCGCUCGGUGUGGCUCACUCUCCUGCACUUCCUGUCCCAGCGGCAGCAGACGCCGGUGGUUGCGUUCACCUUCUCUCGUACAAGGUGUGAUGACAACGCCCGCUCGCUGGACUCCAUGGACAUGACCACCUCCAUAGAGAAGGCCGAGAUCCACUCCUUCUUCCAGAAGAGUGUGAGUCGCCUGCGAGGAGCAGACCGGCAGCUGCCUCAGAUCUUGCUCAUGAGAGAUCUGUUGAAGAGAGGAGUAGCAGUCCAUCACAGCGGGAUCCUGCCGAUACUGAAGGAGGUCAUUGAGAUGCUCUUCUCACGAGGUCUUGUAAAGGUGCUGUUUGCCACCGAGACGUUUGCCAUGGGAGUGAACAUGCCUGCCAGGACUGUGGUGUUCGACAGCAUCAGGAAACACGAUGGGACCGGCUUCAGAAAUCUGCUCCCAGGCGAGUAUAUCCAGAUGGCGGGCAGAGCAGGACGGAGAGGUCUGGACGCCACGGGCACCGUCAUCAUCCUGUGCAAAGCUGGGGUUCAUGAGAUGGGAGACCUGCAUGUCAUGAUGCUGGGUAAACCCACCACCCUCCAGUCCCAGUUCAGACUGACCUACACGAUGAUCCUCAACCUGCUGCGAGUCGAAGCCCUCCGUGUGACCGACAUGAUGAGGAGGAGCUUUUCUGAAAACCACAGGGACACUCAGACCAGUGAGAUUAGGAUAAGCCAGCUGAAGAAGACGCUGUCCUCUCUGCCUCCUCUGGACAAUGAAGGCCAGCUGUCCGACAUGUUGCCUUACUACCACACCGUUACAGAGCUACGAACCACCAAUGAGGCCUUGCAGCGCGCUAUUCUGGAGUCUGUCAACGGGCUGAAAGCUCUGUCUGUGGGUCGAGUUGUGGUGGUGAACAACAAGCAGCACCUCAACGCUCUGGGAGUUAUCCUACAGGUGUCGAAUGACUCUGUGAAUCGCACAUUCACAGCUCUUGUCAUCUGUGAGAAGGGCGAAGAGGAAGGAAAAGGAAACAACAACUCUUUCCCUCACCUCUACAACACAGCUCUCUUCAUACCUGAAGGCCCUUGCAGUCACACAGUGCAGAAGUUAAAGCUUCAGGACAUCUCAGCCAUCACAGUGAAAACCCUCAAAGUGAUUCCUGACCGGAUUAUCGACAACUACAGCAAGAGGCAACAGCCACGAUUCAGGCUGGAUCCUCCUGGCCAAGCCAUCUCCACGACUACCCAGGAGCUCCUGCGAUUGGCCGAAGCCAAUCCUAGCGGCAUGGCGGCCCUCGACCCUGUGAACGACCUCCAGUUGAAGAGCAUGGAUGUGGUGGAGGACACCAUGAGGCUCCGUGUGCUGCGAGAUAGCCUCAAAGAGUUCAACUGCAUCCAUUCGCCAACGUUUGCAGAGCAGGUGUGUGUGUGUGUGUGUGUCCGGUGGGAGGGGAUCCGUAGGCCCACACGCUCCGGGCCUCAGGGUCAUCAGCGCUGGAAGUCCAGACGCGCAGACCUGUGUGCUGGACCUCUCCUGUCCGCCCGGACGCGCGAGGAGGAGGUACCAGACAACGAGGCGUCCUCGUCGUCUUCCCUCCUCCGAUUUGGCCGAACUGUCACUCGGAAAUUAUCCCCACUCGAUGUCGGUGCUUAG